AUGUCAAAAGCUUCUUCAUUUGUACGUGAAUACAAGUUGGUCAUGGUUGGUGGCGGUGGUGUUGGUAAAUCUGCCUUGACCAUUCAGUUUAUUCAAUCACAUUUUGUCGAUGAGUACGAUCCUACAAUCGAAGAUUCAUAUCGCAAGCAAUGUGUAAUUGACUCUGAAACUGCUCUACUCGAUGUCCUUGAUACGGCUGGUCAAGAGGAAUACAGUGCUAUGCGUGAACAGUACAUGAGAAAUGGCGAAGGUUUCCUCUUGGUGUAUUCAAUCACAUCUCGCCUGUCAUUCGAAGAAAUCACAACAUUCUAUCAACAAAUCUGCCGCGUAAAGGAUCGCGAUUACUUUCCAAUGGUAUUGGUAGGAAACAAGUGUGAUUUGGAGGGUGACAGACAAGUGUCCAGUCAGGAAGGAAGAGAUUUGGCAAAGAAUUUCGGCUGUCAGUUCAUCGAGACAUCUGCAAAGCAAAGAAUCAAUGUGGAUGAAGCCUUUUUCGAGGUUGUUCGUGAUAUCCGUAGAUACAACAAAGAGCAAGAAACACGGGGGCAUGAUCAAUUUGGCAUCCAAGAUGCUCCUGACGUUGCCUCUGACAAAUGCUGUAUUCUAAUGUAA